AUGGCUGAGGACGACCGCAGUCCCAGAACCCCCGAUGGCGCGUCGCCGACUAACCCUACAACACCGACCCACCAUGCCUCGAUGCCAUCGCUCCGAACCUCUUGCGAUACGAAAGCGAGUAUGACGGCCUCGUCCACUCACUUGGGCCAGAUCAACGCCGCGCGGCGAGGUGCUGGAACAUCGCCACGGCCCCAGGCAUCGAUGAGCGCGCAGGCGAGCUCAGGACUCAACCAGGACAUCAUGGCCAAAAUGAAGGCAUUCUCUCUCUCCCGCCAAGGCGCUCCCGUGCCCCAUGCUACGUCAACCGGGAGAAUCCCCAUGUCGGUUGAGGCCGGUGCCGGUGGUGCUCUUGCUGGCCGUCCCCCUCCGACACCACAGCCCAACAAAAAUUCGGCCUCCUCCCCUUCGGUCCCGUCCGCCGCCAGCCCCGCGUCGCCCAAGCCCGGCGGAUUGGCGGCCAAACGUAUGAAACCCGGUCUAAAACUGUCAGAUGUGACAGGAUCCCCUGCUCCUACCAAUGAUAAGGACCAAAAGUCUAAGGAGCAGAAUGGGGAGUCGGCGUUCAGCAAAUACUCCGAAAUCAUCGACACCAAAACCGGCACCUUGAAUUUCAAAAACAAGGCAAUUCUGCAUGGUGGUGGCGUGGAAUUCUCGUCCGGGCACAGCUUCAAGAUCUCUCUGGAUGAAGUCGACCGGCUGGAUGAGCUGGGCAAGGGAAACUACGGCACUGUCUACAAAGUUCGACACACGCGGCCACAUCUCCGAAAACCAGGCCUGGGUUUGAGCGGGAUUGUCAGUCGGACCGGUGAGAAUGACGAAAACAGCGCCAAUUCCGGGUCUCAGGAUAAUUUGUCUGGGGUAAUCAUGGCGAUGAAGGAGAUCCGACUGGAGCUGGACGAGAGCAAGUUUGCGCAGAUCAUCAUGGAACUCGACAUUCUCCAUCGCUGUGUCUCGCCCUUUAUCAUUGACUUCUAUGGGGCAUUCUUCCAAGAGGGCGCCGUCUACAUGUGCGUCGAGUUCAUGAACGGCGGUUCAAUCGACAAACUCUAUGAAGGUGGCGUUCCCGAAAACAUCCUUCGCAAAGUAGCGCUCUCCACCGUUAUGGGGUUGAAGGCACUCAAGGAUGACCACAACAUCAUCCACCGCGACGUCAAACCCACCAAUAUCCUGGCCAACUCUAAAGGUCAGAUCAAAAUCUGUGACUUUGGCGUCAGUGGGAAUUUGGUUGCCAGUAUUGCCAAGACCAACAUCGGGUGUCAAAGCUACAUGGCACCGGAGCGCAUUGCGGGUGGUGGAAUGCAGCAGUCAGGUGCGACAAGUAAUGGCACAUACAGUGUACAAAGCGACAUUUGGAGUCUGGGACUCUCGAUCAUCGAAUGCGCCAUGGGCCGGUAUCCAUACCCACCGGAGACGUUCACCAAUAUCUUCAGUCAGCUACACGCCAUUGUUCACGGCGACGCCCCUACCCUCCCCACCACCGGGUACUCGGACGAUGCGCAUGCGUUUGUCCGAGCUUGUAUGGACAAGAACCCUAACAACCGGCCUUCUUAUAACAUGCUACUUCGACAUCCAUGGUUGGUGCCUCUGAUGCGGCCACCUAGUCAGCCCGAAAAUGAGAUGACUCCCCAGCCUUCCGAGACUCCCGCUCCGGGCGAGCACUCCCCAUACGCCAUGACCGAGGACAAGGAAGUGGCCGACUGGGUGCACAAGCAACAAGAAUUGCGCAAGCAGGGUCUUCUCCACGAUGCCGAAAAACCCGCCCUGCACGCCGUUGCCCUGGACAAGGUCAAAACGAGCCCCAUCCACGAUAACCCUCUUCCUCCGCCUGUAUACGACUAA